UGUGCAAGUGAGGAUAGUUUCAGAAACAAUGCCAUGGAUAGAUUUUAUUUAUUGAUCAACUUCAUGCAGCGUGCAGUAAGCCACGUUUGCACCAGUCCUCGGUUCACAUGCACACAGUGUUUUCAAGGUGUUCAGUUGUUCCCAGCAUCCUGGAGAACUGGCCACAGUUUUUUUCUCUGGGUUGAGACUUAUCCCAGUGUCUAUUGCCCCUUCAUGUGAUCGCAGACUGACUCCACCAUGGUGUUGAGAUCAGGGCUCCGUCGUGGACAAAACAUCGGCUGCAGGACCACUGAAGCUGGUUCUCUUUUGGUUCGCAAGCGAAAAUGUUUCUCAUUAAAAUUGAAACGGGCAGUUGGACUUGAAGUCUGAGAUCCAUGACGUGCUUGAAGCAGGGAAGUACAGCUUUUUGUUCGUGCUGGAAAAGAGGAAUAUGUGUUUUUUGUCCUCCCAUUAUACUUGUACUGAAACUCAUACAUUUCCAAAAAGCAAACAGCAGCACCAUCUAUUCAAAUCAACUUAAUAUUAACUAACAAAAUCAUCAAACGUCCCUUAGAAUAUUCAUCAAAUUAUACUCAAGAUCAAAUAGAUAUAGCGAAAUACAGUAUAGCAGCGUGUCUUGCAAAAGAAUUGUUGAGGGGAAUACGAUAUCUCAACAAUACUUUGCUUGUAGAACAUACAGAAUUAAUGAGAUUAUAAACCUUAAAAUAACACUGGUCCAAUACAUUUAAUGUGUGCAGGCAGCGCAGUAUUGCUGAGCUACUAUUAGCUACCAUUGUUAAAGAACAUGCAUUUCCCUAAAAGAUGAAAACUUGCCUCCUUCUCAGUGAAAAAAAUAUUACAAUAGUAAUCACGAGGAGAUCAUGUAGAAUAACCCAAUGUGUGUGAUUUGAUUGCAGAGAAUUAAGUUGAAUACAUGACUGUUUUGUUUUGUUUUACCUGAUUAGUGAACGUCAUUUCACUAACUCAAAAUAUUAAUGAGCCGUAUUUGAUUCUAUAUUCUGCUCAGACCAAAGUUUAUAUUUCCAACUGCUCCUUCAUACAAAUUCAUGCCAGCAAUUAUGUUCAGCUUCAGCUUGAGCAGAACGCAACUUCACCACAAACUGAAUUGAUAUGGAUAAUAAUCAAAAAAUAUGAAGUGCUCAAAGCUACUAUAUAAAAACUGUAUAUUCUGACACAGAUAUAUCUAAGAUAAGCUAAGAUCAGUCGAUGUAUCCAUCCAGCAAAUUCAACAAUAAGAUGCUAGUUUCCAAGUUUUAUUAUGAGUGUAGAACAAUUUUCUUUGUUUCCUUAUGAAAAUCACCCAAAAAGUAUCUGUAGAUUUAGCACAACUUUAAACGAGCACGGCUGAGUCACCCAUGAAGUCUCCUUGUGCACGAGAACCUUGUUUUUCAGGCUCCUUUGUGGCAGUUCCCUUUUCAAGCCGCCCCAGGCAUGUUGGUGUACAGUGCAGAUACAUAGGGGGGUGAGUUCUGGCUCAUCUAUUCAAAUGUCACCUGACAGCUAAAUUAAUGUAGCCCAGAGGUGAGAAGCUGAGACCCUGGAAGCUUGUGGCUUCUACACUUGCCGCUAAAUUUCCGCUGGUGUUGGUUUCAGGCCCUUAUCAAAAGUCUUUCAUUUUGGCAGGCCGUCUGUUAAAAGUCUGUGAAAAAUGUGUGAGUCACUGGUGUUGGUCAGAGUUGAGAGCUGGUGUUGCAGUCCUAUAAGGAUGUGAGACGUUUAAUAAAAGAGUGAAAGGUCAGAGAGGGGAGGCGGCGUGCGAGCACGCUGUGGUGUUGACAGCAGAGAAGAUGGAGUGAGAGGAGUCGGUCCUGAAGUGAACCGCGUGAACGAGCCAUAUCAAACUGACCUGACCCGGCUCACCCUGUAAUCACACGCAGACCAAAAUAACCUCUGGAUAGUUGCACAGCAUAGGAUGGACCUAGUGUCCCGGUGCCUGAGGAGAUGUCUCUGGGUCGGCUCCUGCGGCGUGCCUCUUCCAAGGCCUCGGACCUCCUGACGUUUAACCCCGGGGCAGGGGGCUCGUCGUUGCGCUCAGGACUGGAUGGCGAGAUCAUCUUCUCCAAAAAUAAUGUUUGCGUGCACCCUGCGGAGCCCGUGCCCGGCCUGGCUGAGCACCACCCAGGAUAUCUGUGUGUGCACGUGGAGAAGGACGAGAGCCUGGGCACCACUCUGAUUCUGACCUGGGUGCCCAACUCCCGUAUCCAGAGGCAGGAUGAAGAGGCGCUGCGCUACAUUACGCCCGAGAGCUCCCCUGUGCGCAGGAACGCACGCCACCGAGGCCGACGACCCCACUCGCGUCCUCCAGCAGCCCAGGAGGAAGAUGAGGAUGAAGAGAGGAAUAUUACCAGCAGCACCUCUACGGAAAGCCACGGCCUGGUGGCGGAGGCUGGAGCGGACGCCUCCUCACACCAGCAGCAGCAGCAGCAGCCCUCGGCUGGGGAAGAGGGGGAUGAGGGCUCCUGUGAGCUGUCGGACGAAGUGAGCAGGGACAGCAACAUGGGUUCAGACUCGGACACCUUCUCCUCGCCCUUCUGCUUGUCCCCCGUCAGCGAGGCCCUCUGUGAAAGCAGCGGCUCUGUCUUCCUGGAUAAUGAAACCAGAGAGCUCUGUGAGGAGUCCAUGACCAACUCAGCCAGCUCGGCCUCCAGCCUGGACAGCCAUGCCCCGUCGGAGAGCAGUGGCCAGUCGCAGGGCUUGCGUUGGGAGGAGCAGCAGAAGGUGCUGGCUCUGGAGCAGUUGUGCGGAGUCUUCAGGGUGGACCUGGGUCACAUGAGGUCGCUGAGACUCUUCUUCAGUGAUGAGGCCUGUACCAGUGGCCAGCUGGUGAUAGCGAGCAGAGAGAGCCAGUAUAAGAUCCUACACUUCCAUCAUGCUGGCCUGGACAAGCUGGCUGAGGUCUUCCAACAGUGGAAGUGCUGCAGGGAAUCUCAGCCAAAAGACCAGGUGUCAGAUGAGAAAUCCUGCAUGCAGUUUUCCAUCCAGAGGGCCACCCUACCGUCAGCGGAGACCCACCCAGAGGAGAAGCUUUAUCGGCGGCUGGAUGUCACCACCUGGCUACGUCAUCUCAACCACACUGGGCAGGUAGAGGAGGAGUAUAAGCUACGCAAGGCCAUCUUCUUCGGCGGUAUUGACCCAGCCAUCCGUGGCGAGGUGUGGCCCUUCCUGCUCCACUACUACAGCUACGACUCCGGCUCCCAGGAGAGGGAGGCGUGGAGGCUGCAGAAACGCACCCACUAUCAUGACAUCCAGCAGAGGAGACUGUCUAUGAGCCCAGAGGAGCAUAGCGAGUUCUGGAGAAAGGUCCAGUUCACAGUAGAUAAAGAUGUGGUGAGAACCGACCGCAGCAACCACUUCUUCAGAGGAGAGAAUAACCCCAAUGUGGAGAUCAUGAGGCGGAUUCUGCUCAACUAUGCAGUCUUUAAUCCAGACAUGGGCUACUGCCAGGGCAUGUCUGACCUGGUGGCCCCCCUGCUCACUGAGAUCCAGGAUGAAAGCGACACCUUCUGGUGCUUUGUCGGCCUCAUGGAGAACACCAUCUUCAUCAGCUCACCACGGGAUGAGGACAUGGAGAGGCAGCUGAUGUUCCUGCGGGAGCUACUGCGUCUCAUGCUGCCCCGUUUCCACCAGCACCUGACCAGGCUCGGGGAGGACGGCCUCCAGCUGCUCUUCUGCCACCGCUGGAUCCUGCUCUGCUUCAAACGAGAGUUCCCUGACACGGAGGCUCUGCGCAUGUGGGAGGCCUGCUGGGCGCACUACCAGACGGACUAUUUCCACCUGUUCCUGUGUGUGGCCAUCAUUGUUCUCUACGGGGAGGAUGUGACGGAACAGCAGCUCGCCACUGACCAAAUGUUGCUCCACUUCAGCAACCUCUCCAUGCACAUGAAUGGAGAACUGGUGCUACGCAAGGCCCGCAGCCUUCUCUACCAGUUCCGCCUCUUACCCAGGAUCCCAUGCAGCCUACACGACCUUUGUAAACUGUGUGGCCCAGGGAUGUGGGACAGCCGCUACAUCCCCACUGUGGAGUGUUCGGGUGAACACCCAGACUCGCAGAGCUGCCCCUAUGGAGGCACCUCCACCCCUCAGCCCUCCUCACCCUCCCCUUCUUCCUCACCUUCACCAAACACCACCCCCACGCCUCCACCGGAGGGCAAGAAAGGAUCCAAAACCCGGGAUAUUUUCACCUUCCGGAAACAGUCCUGAGGUGGAGGUUACGGGGAGUUAGUCCAGCAAAGGUUUGAAUCCAUCUGCCGGAUUCCUGAACUAUUUGUUGCCCUCUGACUCCUCUCUCCGCAGUCCCUGCCUCUAGUUCCACUAUCGUAAUGUGGAUUUGUGUCACUCAAUCCUUUCCUGUGGUGCAUUGUGGAACGAUGCCUUUACCAGAAUGUUAUUUUGAACGUUCGACUGAAUCUGCAAUGGUCAUGGUUUGCUGUUCGACAGGCUGGAGGUCAAGAAGCUGCUUUCCUCUCAGAGCAGAAUGGACAAUCACCAGCCACUAUGUUGGUCUGGAGCUACUUCAGGUUUUCCUCCGCUGCUGGCUUGGCAUACUUCCAUGGGCUUUGUGGGCAGAGGGUCACUCAAGGGUCUGAGGCAACCGGCCUGAAUUCUCUCUGACUCUGACCAUGGGUCAAAUGAAACUGAAGAACCCUUCAUAGGACUUGAACUAGAACUAUUAAAAAUGUUCCUGUGUUCUCACAGUGGAAUAUUUGUGUGAAUAUCAAAUUUAUGUGUGCAUAUCUCACGUCGGUCAGAACAGGACAUUUUUAACAUGAAAUCCAAACCCGUGGUGUUGACAAAGAAAUGUUGACCCAAAAAGUGAAUGUUUGCGUUUAUAUGAACACUUACAAAAAUAUUUAGCAAUACUAUAUCUUUGCAUGAAAGAUUCUUUCCAUAUAGAGGGCAAAAGAAUGUUUUUAUGGAAAACACGUAAGCCCAAAACAGAGGUAAGAAUUUGUUUACAUUACAAAAACUCACAGCGUGAUAGGGCUCUGCAUAUCUCCUCAUCGGAUUGUGGAAACAUUCCCCUAAUUUCUCUCUGUUCAAAUGGUGUUCACCAUUUCCAUACGUUUCCCUCUGACAGACACAGAUGUUCACAUUACCUGUCGUGCAAUAGGAGCUUCACCAUUCACACGUUAGCAUCACAAGAUAUAUACGUAGUUUUCUGUCUGAGGAUUUGCAAGGGAUACUGACGGCCCCGUCUGCCAAAGUGAGCGUAGAUCAUGUUUUAUCUCGACAGAGAAAUCGAUGGCCUCCUUUUUUACUUGAAGUUUUUUCUUCUGUGUUGAACCACGUUUAGGCAGGAUAGUGAAAAAUCAGCAGUGUUUGUUUUUGUUCUCCUACCCUCAUCAUCAUCAUCUCCACUCUCACCUGAAAAUGAAUGAUAAGGCACUAUCAACUCUCAGAAUCAGUCCACAGGAAUGUAUCUGUUUUUUUGCUUCUUCUCACUCGACUAGGGUGAGUGAGAAACUCCUAUGUAAGCAUGGGUAUGUGUGUGUACGCGUGUGUGUGUACGCGUGUGUGUGUACGCGUGUGUGUGUGUGUGUGUGCGUGCGUGUGUGUGUGUGUAUACACUGGAGUGACCUCUAAACAUCUGGUAAUGAGUUGGAGAACAGCCUUACAAGGCUUCCCCUCUGACCAGUCUCUUUAAUUAUAGCAGCCAUCCUGGGGAGAAGCAGGGAGAGGAGAGAAGAGAGAAAGAGCUGGUCGUCUGGGCUCCUGAGAGGAAAACGCAAGAGAGAGAGAGAUUAAGAGAAAGGGGAUAAUUUUGGGCUCCUACAAAGAUAUAUAGUGAUCUGCAUCUUGCCUCUGUGAUUUGCAAGUCCCAGAUGUAAAGAUGGCACUUGGAGAAUUUUCCCCCUGAAAGCGUCUGAGUGACACACCUGGGGAAGGAGACAUCUUCAAAUUGGUGCUAAAACGUAACAUUAACAUUACCACCCCCCCCUUCACUCUUUCGCUUUCUCCCUUUUGGCCUCUGGCUUUCUCACCCAGCGAGCAGUUUCUGCAAAUGACAUUCAUAAUUGCUCUUUUUCCUCUUACUUAUCGUGUGCAGCUGUUCGCCGUAAAUGCUCGCAGAGUUUUGGAGAUUGGGCGGCUGUGUUUAAAUGAGCUGAGUCAGAGAUGCGCGAUGGGAUAAUCACACUUUCUCUCUCUCUAUCUGUGUGUGUGUGUGUGUGUGUGUGUGUGUGUGUGCGUGCGUGUCCAUGAUCUCAUGAUUUUUAUUGAAGUCUUCAUAGAAAUCACAUUGUGUGCACAGGCAAUGUAAGUCACAGGUUAUAAUUGAUGACAACUCCUGCUUUAAAGGGGCUGUGACCAGUCAACACUGAAUGUACUAUGUUUGCUGUUCAGCUCUAUGAUAUGUUGAUAUGACUGUACACAUCACAGAAAAAAGAACAUAUUCCUGUUCUUGGUAUUAUUAAUAAAAAUAAAUGCAGUCGUACUUGAA